UUUCCCAGAAGGUGAAUGUGAGUCGUGAGCAAAUCUCCUUCAUUAGUAACUGCUGAUAUCACAAAUUAGUCCCCCUUUAUUUAUAGUUAUAUUUAUAUGUGCAGAUUCCAUGGAAACAAAAGUUCUUUCGAGCGGAAUCCGUCACUCUACUCUCCCACCAAGUUAUAUCCGACCCGAAUCCGAUAGGCCACGCCUCUCUGAAGUGUCUAUUUGUGAAAAUGUUCCAGUAAUUGACUUGGCCUGUCCAGACAGAACUCAUCUAAUUCAUCAAAUUGGCGAAGCCUGUCGACUUUAUGGUUUUUUCCAGGUAAUUAAUCAUGGUGUACCACAGAAAGUAGUAGAACAAAUGCUAGAGGUAGCUGGAGAGUUUUUCAGACUACCGGUGGAAGAAAAGUUAAAAUUGUACUCGGAUGACCCUUCAAAGACGAUGAGAUUAUCCACAAGUUUUAAUGUUAAAAAGGAGACGGUUCACAAUUGGAGAGAUUAUCUCAGACUUCACUGUUAUCCUCUGGAGAAAUAUGCUCCUGAAUGGCCUUCUAAUCCCUCCUCUUUCAGGGAAAUAGUGAGCAGAUAUUGCAUGGAAGUUCGACAACUAGGAUUCAGAUUGCAAGAAGCCAUAGCAGAGAGCCUAGGCUUAGAGAAAGAGUGCAUAAAGGAUGUAUUGGGGGAACAAGGUCAACAUAUGGCAAUCAACUUUUAUCCUCCAUGUCCACAACCAGAUCUCACUUAUGGGCUUCCGGCCCAUACUGAUCCAAAUUCCCUUACUAUUCUUCUUCAAGACUUGCACGUAGCUGGGCUUCAAGUUCUUAAAGAUGGCAAAUGGUUGGCUGUCAAACCUCAACCAGAUGCCUUUGUCAUUAAUCUCGGUGAUCAAUUGCAGGCAGUGACUAACGGAAGGUACAAAAGCGUAUGGCAUCGAGCUAUUGUAAACUCAGACAAAGCAAGGAUGUCAGUGGCUUCGUUCCUUUGUCCGUGUGAUAGUGCCAAAAUCAGUGCUCCGAAGCUCCUCACUGAAGAUGGAUCUCCAGUUUAUCGGGAUUUCACAUAUGCCGAGUAUUACAAGAAGUUCUGGAGCAGGAAUUUAGACCAGGAACACUGUUUGGAACUUUUCCAGAAUUAAAUCUACUAAUAGUAUUUUAAAGAGUUCAAAAACACAUCUCAAGUACCACUUUUUCUUGAGUUUCUUACCUGAAUUAUCGAGGAGGUGUGAGGUUCCUACCUCAAAUUAUCAACUAGUUUACAAUUAUUCACUUUUCCUACCUCAACUAUCAGGUAAGAAAAGUGAACAACUUAUAGUUGAGGUGUGUCUUGUAAACUAAUUCGUGAUAGUUUAUGUAGCAAACCCUCACACCUGAUAGUUCAGGUAGGAAACUAAAAAAAAGUGAUAAUUAAGGAGUGUUUUUUACCCUUAUCUCUAUUUUAAAACCCACCAUUUUCAUUUGCACUUUUGCAGAGUUGUCAGCAUUUGAAGGACCAAAAAUUCUUGGGCAUACCAAGCCUAUUUCUUGAAAUUUUUACCCUUUUUUGUUGCAGUCUGGAACUAUAGUUAUGGGUUGGGAUUUAGAUUAGGAAGUAAAAAACAAUUAUAUCUUCAUCGAGCAGCUGAUUUACCCAAUUACAUGAGCCCAAUGUCCUGUUUUGCAGGCUAAUGGCAAGUACUAAUAGCAAUUGGCCCCUAGAACAGGACAAGAAACUCUUGCUGGAAUAAAUAAGAGGAAUAAGUUGUAGUGCUUAUGGUUUACUUUAUUUGCUUCCAUGAUUUUACUUCCCUCUAUGGAAGUUUGUAAUUGUGUGUAUCGUGUUAAUUAUUAAAGACUGAGUGAACUCCUUUAUCGGAUUGGAACAAUGUAUAUCAUGUUUACUGAUCUUAAUUUAGUGAGGAUAUAUUCAGAAUGUUGGAGUUAAGUUCUCUCUACUUUUCCC